CUUCGUUGGGUUCCUCGAGUCUCUACACGUGCUGCUCAGAAGACGCCAGUCGACGCUGAGCAGCAGAUAUGGGAGCUAUUCCUCCGUCUCGCACUCUGGGUCCGCGACGCCGGCGUCCGGCACCCUUCUCUUAUCGUCAACUUUGAUCAGACGCAGGUAGUCAUCGCUGACAACAAUGCACACACAUUUGCCGAGGAGGGUUCGAAGCAGGUUGGCGUGAACGGAAAGGAAGAGAAACGAGCGUUCACAUCGGUCGUCGGCAUCUCAGCAUCCGGCAAUGUCCUUCCCUCCCAGCUCAUCUUCAAAGGCGGCUCAGACCGGUCUCUUCCCUCCCCGAGCGCCCCCGCCCGAGACGAAGCUUCGCGCCUUGGGUUCCUCUACAGCUGGAACCCCAACAAUUACUGGUCGAGCCUUUCCCUCAUGGAGACGUACAUGGAGACCAUCAUUGUGCCAUACUUUAUGCAUCAGAAGCAGCUGCUG